AUGAUUCUAUUUUUCUUGUAUUUAUGUAGAGAGGAAUGGGUGGCAGCUAUAAAAUCAGUUUCGGAGCGUUUAUCAAAUUCAAAUCAAAGUUGUGAUGAUAUCGAUAUGGUUUCAACGUUGGAUGAAGUGCCUGAAAACGAUUUAAGUGAGAAAUUUUCGGUUCAAGGAACAUCGAUUUCAAAGUCAACGGGACGAAGAAAAGUAACGUUGGAAAGUUUUGAGUUUUUGAAGGUGUUAGGAAAAGGAACAUUUGGAAAAGUGAUUUUGUGCAGAGAAAAAGCAACCGGUAGAUUGUACGCGAUAAAAAUAUUAAAAAAGGAAGUUAUCAUACAGAAAGACGAAGUGGCACAUACUCAAACGGAAAGUCGUGUUUUGAGAUCUACAAAUCAUCCGUUUCUAACUUCUCUAAGAUAUUCGUUUCAAACAAACGAUAGGUUAUGUUUUGUUAUGGAAUAUGUUAACGGUGGCGAACUGUUUUUCCAUUUAUCGAGGGAAAGGAUUUUUUCUGAAGAUAGAACAAGAUUUUAUGGCGCCGAAAUUAUUUCGGCUUUAGGUUAUUUACACUCAAUAGGAAUUAUUUAUAGGGAUUUAAAAUUAGAAAAUCUCCUUUUGGAUAAAGACGGACACAUUAAAAUCGCCGAUUUUGGACUUUGUAAAGAGGAUAUUACGUAUGGAAGAACGACAAAGACAUUUUGCGGAACCCCCGAGUAUUUAGCACCUGAAGUUAUUGAAGACAACGAUUAUGGAAGAGCUGUGGACUGGUGGGGAAUUGGAGUGGUCAUGUAUGAAAUGAUGUGCGGCCGAUUGCCUUUUUAUAAUAGAGAUCACGACGCUCUCUUCGCCUUAAUUAUUAUGGGGGAUGUAAAAUAUCCAAGAACCCUAAGCUCAGACGCUAGAGAUUUAUUAUCUGGCUUGUUGGUCAAAACGCCAUCCAGAAGACUGGGAGGUGGUCCUGAAGAUGCGAAAGAGAUUAUGGCUCACCCCUUUUUUAGUUGUAUCAAUUGGAGAGACUUGGAACAUAAAAAGGUAAAACUUUAA